AAUUUGUUUUAAAUUUCUAAAAUACAUUUAUAUUUAAAUUAGUUAUGAUUUUUUCACUGAAAAAUACGUAAUAUACAAAAUGCCAGAAACAACUUAGUUUGGGUAGGCCCAGUUUUCUGGCUCGCUCUAAUAUCAGAAACUGACCACACUGGAUGACAUAAUAAAAAUUGUCAGUGUGUUACAGUACAAUACUAUUCCCAUGGUCAUAUGUCUGCCUAUGCUUAAAAUAUUUGAAGCUUUCUUUUUCUUCACUUUAAUUGCAAAGCUCCUCUAGGGCAUUGACACACUGCGCCUAUACUGGGAGUCUGUCUCACAUUGAUUUUCAAUUUUUUUUAUAAAUAUGUAUGUUUUUAAGCAAUCCUAGUAGUUAAUGUUAACAUUUUUUAACAAAUUCUGUCUGAACAUUUGCAAAACAAACAACACGCCUGCAUGUGAACAUCUUGGAAUACCAAGUAAAACGACGCAUCACAACGACUAUUUGAAACUAAAACUUGGUAGUUAUAAUAAGCUUUAAUAAUAAAUGACCCAGAUUAUAUCCCCAACUAAAUAACCGAAAUAGCUUGGGGCCGAAUCAAUCUGCUUACAUUAUAAUAACAAUGUUAUUUUUUGUGUUCACGCAAUAAGAAAACUAACGAGUACAAAUCGUGACGAUCUUGUUCGGGGGUUUUGAGUGUACUUUCAGCAUCUAAAUCAUUCACCAUUUGCAAUAAUCAUAAAAUAGGGUAAGAAUCGUUGAUAUAAUACAAGGAUACGGUCUUGCAUUCCUCACGAACAUGUUUAUAACAUACUACGCAUGCGCAAAACCUGUUGUCUUCCUGUAUAUCUUAACUGCCUCACGGUCUUGCAAUUCUCACGCGACACCGGGAUUGACUUGUAUUAUCUACUUUCGUUUUCAGACUACGAAAAACCCGUAGACGGAUGACGAAUGUUCUUAUGUUAGAAAUGACAUAUUAACUAUUAUGAGUUUAGAAAUAGUGUCAUUAAGAACUUCUUCUACGAUAGAAAAGCGAACAUGGCCGGAGAGGUACCGCCGGUAGGCAUCGUCGUUCUCGGGCGUAAACAUGUAGGAAAAACAAGUUUAAUCAAAGCUCUGUGUGGACGAGAAGAACACUUGGAAAGCGCCUCUUCCAGUGUGGAGCCAGUGUUGUAUCCAUAUCCGAAAAACAAGGCGAUUGUUUUUUGGGACUUUCCUCCCUUUGGAAGCGACGAUGUAUCCAAUGAUGCUUUCACGGCUAGUGUCAAAGGCAUUAAAUUAGAUACCGAACUUUACGAAUGUGCUUUGCUUGUGUGCGACGAUGAACUCGCCGAGUUAGAUAAAUCAAUGCUCGAACAGGUUUUGAAGUUGAAAUUCAGAAGAGUAAUAAUUGUGCGUAAUAAAGUGAACGCUAGUAUAGAAUUGGAUCACACCCUGUGUCCGGAGAAUCACAAUCCCGAUCACGUGUUUUCCCAGUGCAUAGGUGGCACAACAGAGUAUUUUAAAGCUCAUAAGCCAGACCAAAUCUUUGUGUUGGACACGUUUGACACUGACAAGUUCCAGUUCAAUGACCUUGACGUUUAUCUUCAAAGCGGCGCUGGCUUCAACAGGGCAAAUCCUGACCGAUCAUGUAGGAAAAAGUCAAGAGGACAGAGAAUCUAUAAGGACUAUGACAAGCAUCAGUCAGAGAAGAGUUACGACCCCAUCCACUGUGAUGAAAAAGAACAGCACUCAAUUUAUACCAGAAAAGACGGAAGUACUUUCCGGACCAUCGAGACCACUGGAGCCAAUGACGCUACUCGAUGUGAUGAAGGAGCGAGUGAUACCUGCAUUGGUUUUGACUUUAGUAAAUGUCAAGAUGACAUCAGUGACAUCACUGCUGACGAAGACGAAGUGAAAGGAUUGCUUCGAGAUCUGAAUCAGUUUUCUCCAAGCAAGAGGCAUGAUGUGAUCAGAAGAACUCGAGAUAACCUUGCACGAUGGGAAACAGAAACUCUUCACAUAGCUGUAACGGGAAAUGCUGGAGUUGGCAAAUCGAGCUUUAUAAACGCUAUUCGAGACGUCAAGCCAGAUGAAAAUGGUUGGGCACCCGUUUCUGUCGUUGAAGGAACCAUGCGUCCAACAAAAUAUAGCCAUCCCGUCUUUCCUAAUAUAUUUUUAUGGGAUCUUCCAGGCGUUGGUACAGAACGUUUUAGGCAAGAAACGUACAUGGACCAGGUUGAAUUUGAAAGGUACGACUUCUACAUAAUUGUUUGCGCAGGACGUUUUACAGAAAACGACCUAUGGCUCGCCGAAACGAUUCGUCAAAAAGGUAAAACGUUCUUCUUUGUCCGCACGAAAGUUAAGCAAGACAUCGAUAACGAGAGACGAGUCUACGCGGGCCCAUCGGUUUUCGACGAAAAAUUCGUGCUUAGAAAAAUACGGAGUAAUUGUUUAGAUAGUUUACCAAUAUCGCGGCGUGGAGGAGUUUUCCUCAUCGACAAUUACGAACCACACCUGUACGACUUUGGUAAGCUGGCAAUCGCUAUCAUACACCAUUCACCGCCGGAGAAGAGACAGGUGGCCACGUUUGGGAUGUGUCUUUUGACCGAAGAUGUCAUAAAGGUAAAGGAAGAAGAACUAAAGAAUCGGAUCUGGAAAACCGCCCUGAUGGUUGCCGUAACUGAUGCGUCGUCCAUUGAUGUGUUUGGCAUUUCGUCAACUGAUGAUUAUCUUCUAAAAGAGGCACAGUUCUAUCGGGAGCAGUUUCAGAUAACAGAUGCACACUUAGAGAAGUACGCUUCAGAUGAAGGUAAAACGAAAAAAGAGUUUAUUGAGUGCAAGAAACUGAAGUCGACGAUACUAAGCCAUAGUGCAAAGAUACCGAUGCUUUUAAAAAUGCUAGGUAAAUCGAGUCCAAAGGUUAAUGUUAUUCUGCUUCCCUUACUAACGGCCGUGACCUCCGGUGCAGUCUCGUUUGGAAUAGCGAUAAAAUUUCUGCAUGUUGCUUUGAAUGCUGCCGUUGAAGACGCGAGAAAAAUUAACGGUUUCACACAGUCAGACAAUUGAUAAGCUACCCUGAACUUAUCCAUUAUUACAAGGAUUUAUUUUGAACGUUAUACACUUACUAUGAAUACAUGUUUUAAAAGAAGUAUUUCGUGUAACUGCAAUGUGAUGUUAUUUACUUCACCUGAUAAUCUUUCAAUUAGAACGUCCAUAUCUAGUCCAAUAAGGGAAAUAUGUAUAUAGAGAACAUUGUAACUUUAAGUCAAUAGUGAUUUAAUUACAUUAUUCGAUGUUUUGAACUUACCACGAUAGGUGAUUUUUAUGUCCCCCACCACUAUAGUGGAGGACAUAUUGUUUUUGCCCUGUCUGUUGGUUGGUUAGUUGGUUGGUUUGUUUUUUUGCCCAAACUUAAACAUUUUGCCAUUACUUUUGCUAUAUUAAAAAUAGCAACUUCAUAUUUGGCAUGCAUGCGUAUCUCAUGGAGCUGCACAUUUUGAGUGGUGAAAGGUCAAGGUCAUCCCUCAAGGUCAAAGGUCAAAUAUAUAGCUUCAAAGCGGCGCAGAAGGGGACAUAGUGUUUCUGACACACACAAAUCUUGUUUUUAAUUUUAAACACAUUUGGGCUUUGAUCCGGCGGGCUGUUAUAAAGGUCUGAUACAGAUAGUAUAUUAAUAUUAAAAAUAUCAUAUACGGGCUUUUUUAUUUCAGAGUAUGAAACCUCUUGACUUGCAAAAAUAGAAAAAAGUUGAAUGUACCUUGCAAACAGGGAAAACGAGGUAUCUGCAUAAGUAAUGGUAUAAAAAUGGUAUGUAAUAUUUCCACAACCGACACAUGCACGGAUUUCCUUGUGCAUAUUCCUGUUUAUUAUAUUGGGAGAAAAGAAAGUUGCAAGUAUAAUUGAUCUUUUAUUUGUUAAACAAUUUCUGUUCAAUACAUAUGUAUUACAGUUUGAUUGAUAUAGGUUUAUAUUCCAACUGAAAAGUGUUAAGCACAAAGGCAUAUUCAACUUCAAAUCAUUUACUUUAACAAUAUUGUUUAUGUAACAAAGCAUGUUCGAAUUUGAUUCAUACAUUUAAAGAUUUAAAAGAUCUAUUGUAUAUUUUCAUUCUAUUCAUGAAGAUAUACAAAUUAUGUUGUCUGUUCAAGGUCAAUUUUCUUUUGACACGUUGCAUGGUCAAAUUUGAGUUACGGAAGAAUAAAAUAGCAUUGUAGGGUGAUAUUGUUUAUAACAUGCUUGGAAAGUAUGUUAAAACUAUUUCUUAAGAAUUAUUAUUUGAAUUAAAGUCAACGAAUAAGAUAAUCAAGUGUCAUAAUAUGGUCAUGUUUGAUAAUUAAUUUGACUUUAUAGGUGGAUGCUUGAACUCAUUUUAUUCAUUUUUUUUAAAAUAGUGUUUGAUGUUUAAAACCAUUUCAUACAGUUUUUAAAUGACCUUGUGGGGUUUAGUACAUGUCGCCGAUUUGUUAUGUGCCAUUCAUGUUUUAUGCCCACGGUUGGGUGGCAUAUAGCAGUUAAACUGUCCGUCAGUCCUUUUGUCUCUCUGUCAGUCUGUGCGUCCGUCCGAAAACUUUACAUAGGCUAUAACUUUUGCAAUAUUGAAGAUAGCAACUUGAUAUUUUGCAUGCAUGUGUAUCUCAUGGAGCUGCACAUUUUGAGUAAUGAAAGGUCAAGGUCAUCCUUCAAGGUCAAAGAUCAAAUGAUAAUUUCAAAGCGGCGCAGUAAGGGGCAUUGUGUUUCUGACAAACACAUUUCUUGUUGUUAAUUAAAUACGUUGUGAAUUGAAAUUUUUAUAUGAAUUAUCAUAUAUUAAGCGUUGUGUGCUCUAUAUUGAUUAACUUAUGUGUAUAUUCAAUUUGCUUGUUUGGUGUUUCUAGCUGUUGUCAUUGUUAUGUACAUAUAACACUUUUUAUUAUUUGAUGCGCUCAUUUAACCCUUCGUUACCUCUUCCUGCUCAUGUUAUAAUUUCAUGUUGUUUUCAUUGUUCAUUUUUCUGAUGUUUUAUUAGAUUCUUUUAUUUUCUGUAUUAUAAGUGUUUAUUUGUUGCGAAAAUACAUUAAUGUUGUGUUG